CACUUUGCUGAACCUUUCAGCUCAGCUAAAUAGCAUGACGGUAGCAGGAGGAGCAGGAUCUGCGAUUCAGCUACAGAGUGAAAUGCAGCACAGCCCUCUGACCAUCAGUAGCAUGCCCCAGUUUUCCCCUGGGUUUCCGUGUGCCGCAUCAGUGUACCAGACCGCCCCUCAACAAGUUCUCACUUUCACUCAGGCAAACCAACAGUGUUCUCCCGGUGGGAUUUAUGGCAACUACAACAGCCAUAGUCUGUUUCCUCAACCCCGUAUUACUGCUCACAACCAGGACUUGCAGCCCAAGACUUUUCCUAAACCCAUCUACUCCUACAGCUGUCUGAUUGCCAUGGCUUUGAAGAACAGCAAAACAGGCAGCCUUCCUGUUAGUGAGAUCUAUAGCUUUAUGAAAGAGCACUUCCCUUAUUUCAAGACAGCACCUGAUGGAUGGAAAAAUUCUGUACGCCACAACUUGUCCUUGAACAAGUGCUUCGAGAAGGUGGAGAACAAGAUGAGCGGUUCCUCCAGAAAGGGCUGUCUUUGGGCACUCAAUCCUAAAACGAGAUGA